AGCCGUUUGGUGUGGGUAAAAGUCUGAAAAACGGAGGUUUAUUUCCAUCCACUUUCAAUGUCGCGACGAAGGCAGACGUUUACGUCAAUGCAACGUGCGGCGAGGAGGGGCCUGAGACUUUUUGCAAGCCCUCGGAGUCAGCUAGAUGCGCUGUCUGCGACGCCAGAAGCCCAGAUCCUGGGAAGAGGCAUAAUAUCAGCAAUGUUCUUAAUCCUGAUCCUGGAAAGUGGUGGCAGAGCCCCACCUUAGCUAGGGGAGAACGUUUCGAGUUUGUUACUAUUGUGCUGGACCUCAAACAGGUUUACCAAAUUGAGAACGUGAUUGUGAAGUCGGCAAACUCGCCGCGACCUGCGGCCUGGGUCCUGGAGAGGUCAGUCGACGGUGAAGAAUUUCGUCCGUGGCAGUAUCAUGCACCCAGCGACGAGGAGUGCUGGUCCAGGUACUCUGUUCCGCCUGUCACUAAGCCCAUUUACAUCGCCGAUGAUGAGGUCAUAUGUACCAGCAUAUAUUCACGUCAAACGCCCAUGGAAAAUGGCGAGAUCCACAUACAACUGGCGAAUGGUCGUCCAGGUGCUCAGAAUCACAGUGAAACACUCCAGGAGUUCACUCAAGCCAGAUACGUACGACUCAGCCUGCAGGGAUUGAGAAGAGGCGGUGGUGCAUUGGCUGACAAGCGUCGGGCAUUCUACUCAAUAAAGGAGAUCAGCAUUGGUGGUCGCUGCCUGUGCUCGGGUCACGCGUCCCGCUGCCGUUACAGCGCUCGACAUGGGCAUCAAGAAUGCGAGUGUGAGCGUCACACAUGCGGUGAGAGAUGUGACAAGUGUUGUCCAAUGUUCAAUCAAGUGCCCUGGAAGCCAGGGACAUCGGGCAAGGGUUUUCACUGUGAAAAAUGCAACUGCAAUGGUCAUGCUAACUCCUGCCGUUACGAUCCGGAGAUAUCGGAGAGACGUAUGUCCCUGGACAUCCGGGGAAAGUAUCGUGGCGGUGGUGUAUGCAUAAAUUGCACGGAUCACACAACGGGAAUAAAUUGUGAAAAGUGUCAAGUUGGCUAUUACAGGCCUAACGGAAUACCAACGGACGAUCCGUCGCCCUGUAUACCCUGCGAUCACUGCAAUAUGAACGGGAGCACUGGGUUUUGCACACCUGAUGAGACUUAUCCGGGGAAGGUUGCAGGUGCUUGUGAAUGUAAACCAGGCUACUCAGGCUUCAGAUGUGACCAAUGUGCAGCGGGUUACCGUCAGUUUCCCGACUGCAUGCCCUGUCCCUGCGAUCGACGUGGAAUUCUCCCGUCCCACGACUGCGAAGGCGACUGUUUGUGCAAAGCAAAUGUCGAGGGUGAAUUCUGUGACGACUGCAGGCCCGGAUUUUUCGCCCUGACACGAGAUAAUCCCGAGGGAUGCCUCAAGUGCGACUGCUUCGGCAUGACCACUGACUGCAGAGCCGCUCGACUAGUCUACGACUCCAUAUCCACAUUGGAUGGUUGGUUAGUAACAGACAUAAAUGCGUCGAGGUCAAUUGUACCGGGAUUGGACCCAGACAACGGAUGGCUGACACUUGCAUCCUACGAGGUUGAAUAUGAAAGUCCAUUUUGGCUAGCACCCAAGAUCUAUGCCGGAAAUCGUCUGUCUUCAUACGGGAGUAAUCUCACUUAUGCUGUAACAUGGAUUGUCAUGCGUGGUGACACCAGUGGUAAACCAACCACCGAGCCAAACGUCAUUUUAGUGGGCAAGAAUGGAAUGAAAAUUGCUUUUGGUGAGGAGCCAUACAGUGGUCAGGAGGCUGAGAUUUCCGUGCCACUGCAGGAGGAAGGCUGGUUUCACAUGGAGACUGAGAUAAAAAAUAUCCAAGUGAGACCUAGGAGAACUGAAUACGGAGGGAGGCCUGUCUCCAGGGGGCAAAUGCUCAGAGUUCUUGCUGAUGUGAAGUAUGUCAUGAUCAGGGCGCAGUAUCACUCGGAACAGGCUGAAGGAAGUUUGCUCUCUGUGGUUUUACCCAUUGGUGAAAAAUCAAAUGAUGGGGUCGAGACCUUUGUGGAGCAGUGCACCUGCCCCGAGGGAUACGCAGGACUGUCCUGCGAAUAUUGUGCCUGGGGAUAUGUUCAAGUGAUUUUUAAUGGGACUGAUCAUCAGGAUCAUUACGAGUGCAUCAAGUGCGACUGUAAUGGGCAUGCUGGGUCCUGUGAUCUUGUUAUGGGUGAAUGUACAAUUUGUGAACACCACACAACAGGACCCAAAUGUGAUCGUUGUGCACCUGGAUAUUACGGUGAUGCAACUAGGGGAACCCCAGACGAUUGUAAACAGUGCGCAUGUCCCCUGACCAUAUCCACCAACCAAUUCAGUCCAAGCUGUCAGCUUGAUGAUCCCAAAAAUUCCUCUGGGAGUUACGUGUGCACCCAGUGCCCUGUGGGAUACACUGGAGAUCAUUGUGAAAGUUGUGAUCUCGGUUACUUCGGUGAUCCCACGAAGCCUGAGGGCACUUGCCAGUCCUGUCCCUGCAACGGUGGUACCUGCGACCAGGAAACUGGUAGAUGCUUGGAAUGUCGAGGUAAUACUGAGGGCUGGAGAUGCGACAGAUGCAAGGAGGCACACUACGGGGAUCCUCUAGACCAAAGUUGCCUACCCUGCAGUUGUAAUCCCAAUGGCAGCAUCUCACGAUUAUGUGACUCAGUUAGUGGUCAGUGCCUCUGCAAGCCCCUAUUCACUGGUCGUGACUGUUCCACCUGCAUUGAGGGCUAUGGCAAUGUAACUGCUGGCUGUCGUGAGUGCAACUGUGACGUGGGUGCUAUCACCAAUGCCUGUGAUCAAAUAACUGGUAGCUGUGUAUGUGCACCAGGCGUUACCGGGGAUAAGUGUGAUGUGUGCGAAGAUGAUCAUUAUGGAUUGUCCAUCGAUGGCUGCCAGGGAUGCCGGUGUAACAUGAUUGGUUCCACCUCCUCGGCGUGUGACAUCGUCUCGGGACAGUGUCUGUGCAAGCCGAAUAUCAUUGGACGACAGUGUCAUCAGUGUCAGGUUGGUUACUGGGGCAUGGCGAGUGGGGCUGGAUGUGCCCCCUGCGGCUGUGACACGAUGGGCUCCACCAAUGUCUCCUGCCAUCAUGAUACAGGACAAUGUUUUUGUCGUCCUGGUGUGGGUGGUGCACGAUGCGACAAUUGUUUAUCGGGGUACUACGGAUUUUCGGAGAAUGGAUGUCAAGUCUGCGAUCCAUGCACAAAACCCGGCCAUGUAUGUGACCCAGACACCGGUAGAUGCGUGUGUCCACGUUUGACCUUUGGCGAGCACUGUGAUCGUUGCAGGCCAGAUUCCUACGAUCUGAUACCAGGCAUUGGUUGCAAGGCAUGUGCAUGCACUCCAGGCUCCACGAGAUCCCAAUGUGACUUCAGUGGACAGUGCCCAUGUCGAGUUGGCUUUGAGGGUCUCAGGUGUGAUAAAUGUGCACCCGGAUAUUAUGGAUACCCCAAGUGCAAGCCUUGUAACUGCCAUGCCGGUGGUACCAUCAAGUGCGAUGAUGGAUUGUGUCAUUGUGAUCAGAAUGGACAGUGUCCUUGCAAGGAAUAUGCACUGGGGAGGCAAUGCAACCAAUGCAAGGAAGGGACCUUUGGCCUCUCUGAGGACAAUCCCAAGGGCUGCACCGAGUGCUUCUGCUUCGGGAGAUCGACCCUCUGUCAUCAGGCAGGUCUCACCUGGGGCCAGAGACGCCUGACUAGGCCUCGGAUACUCCACAUCAACGAGUCUGCCAAUGAUGUUAUCAUAUCGAACUACGGAUACUCCAUAGCUCUCCCGACCUUGAAUGGCGGCCUGAACGUGACCAAUGGAUUAUCAAUCAUUCCUGGGAGUGAGGGUGACGUCAUUCUACCCGCAAAUCUCUAUUACAGUUAUCCGUUGUACUGGCAAUUGCCGGAGUCUUUUCUCGGGGACAAAGUCGUUUCGUAUGGUGGAUUUCUGAGGUUCAAAACUUCCGUUGUGGGGGGAAUCCCACUGAGAUCUAGUCUUCGAUAUCCCUUGGUUCAGAUACAGGGGAAUGAUAAAAUUAUUCUGGAGUAUUAUCAACAUCUACCGGUUGAUGACAAUAAUUUUAAGAUUAGAUUUCACGAAUCUCUCUGGCAAAUUCAAAACCGUCCAGACUACAGAGUAUCCCGUGAAGUUUUGAUGGUGGCCCUCCAGGACAUUCAGCACAUAUACCUCAAGGCCUCGGACCUAUCAGAAUUCCACGAAGCCCAACUGCUGGAGGCAUCAUUGGACGCUGCUGUCCUGACUCCCACCCACACACCAGCCCUGGCAACGGGAAUUGAAAUUUGUGAGUGUCCAACUGAGUACAACAACACAUCCUGCCAGGAUCCCAGUAUCGGUUAUUAUCGCUGGUACAACAACGAAACAACAACAGCCACGAUUGUAAUCGAUCUGGUGGGCCAAGCGAGGCCAUGCCAGUGUAAUGGUAGAUCGGAAAUCUGUGACAUAGAAACCGGUUACUGCUUGAAUUGCAGAGAAGAUACAGCAGGUGAAUUUUGUCACGUGUGCGCCGAGAGUUUUCACGGGUAUCCUGAUCAAGGGGGCUGCCAACCUUGCCCCUGUCCACAUGCCGAUAAAAGAUUCUCCAAGGGAUGUGUGUUAAGGGGAAAUGAAGCUGUUUGUCACUGCAAACCUGGCUACACUGGCUCCAGAUGUGAGCGCUGUUCCUACGGAUACUUCGGCUACCCGACCCACCCCAAUGGCACCUGCACCCCCUGCAACUGCAACCCAGCAGGCAGUGCCUCAGACGAGUGCGACGAGGAGACAGGUCAAUGCAACUGUCGUCCAGGCUCAACAGGACGAGACUGCUCCCAGUGCACAGCAGACCGCCACGUCUUCAUAAACAACAUCUGCACCUCCUGCAACGACAACUGCACAGGCCUCCUCCUGGAGGAUCUGUCGCAAUUAUCCCUGAACCUCACCUUGGAGACCACCCACAUCGCCGACGGUUACAUCCCUCCCCCGUGGGUGGAGUUAGCGUACAUCGACUCAAACGCAACUGAAUUGCUCCAAGAAAUCGACCGAAUAGAUGAGCUGAAGGACAGGAUGAGGAGCGUCCCCUGGGGGGACUACCAACUGCUGAGGAUCAAAGCCGAGAAUUUGCUGAAGAGUUUUUCUGAAGUCAGUGGCACCUCCUGGGACUUGAAGCCAAAGGCUGAGGAUUUCAAGAACAACAUCUUCAGUUCUCACUUGGAGGUGAGGAACCUGCGAGACCUCCUGGAGGCCAUCACCACGCAGUUGAUUCAGUAUGGAGACGAUGUCAAGAGGGUGGGGAUCAAGAAGGCCCUGAAGGAGGCGAGGAUGAUCCUGAGUUACUUGAAGAGUGUUAAUUUAACCCAGAAGACGAUGGAGUGCCAGAGGAUUCUGGACGAGAGUGAGGAUUACAUCGAGUGGUUGACUGGGCAGUUGGAUCUCGUUGAGCCCUUGGAUGAGGUCAGGAGAAGGGCUUCGAGGGUUGAGGUAAAGGCUUACGACAUCAAGAAGGUCCUGGAGGGCAACAUGGAGACGCUGUUCCAGUACGACACAUUGUUCAAUCAGAUAAAUGGGAGUUAUGCUGGUGUGAAGGUUCUGAACGAUAACAUAAGGAUUCUCACGGCUGAUACUGUGGGGAUGAUCGAGGAGGGGGUGAUGAUGAACGAGGAGGGGAGAGGGCUCAUGCUGGAGAGCCAGAAUAGCCUCCAGGCCAUUCCCGAGUUGAAGCAAACCCUCGACCACUGGACGGAGAAGCUCACCAUAAAGGAGGGAAUCCUCUAUCGCCUGAACUACGAGUACCAGGAGAAAUACGUGACGAAAGCAGUGGAGCACUCGCAGAAUCUGUCAGACUACGUCGAUCGUUACGUCGCUCUGUUCGACAGAACCAGAACGCAAGCUGCGAAUCCCCUGAAGGCAGUGGAGGCCUACAAGCACAUCGUGGAGAACCUCCAGGGGGCGAGAGUGGCAGCAGCUGCUGCCAACGAAUCAGCUUACGAGGCGUACUACAAGGUCUACCCCAAGGGCUCCAGUGGCAAAUCCCUGCUGGACGCAGCAGCCGAGAUGUCAGAGUCGUCAGCAGGACAACUGGACCUCGCCCAGGCCCUCAAGAGCCCCCUGGCCUCGAUCCUGUCUACGUUGGAGACCCACCAGCACUCGGUCCAGGACUUGAAGUCCUCACUCAACUCCACAGGCAUCAAGGACAAUCAGAUAAACAUCAAACUCCGAGAGCUGCAGUCCUCUGCGACACACCUGGAGGACUCCAUUCAGUCCAUCAAGUCGACGCAUCAGAGUCUUCUCGACUCAAUUCAACAAUCAGAGACUUUGAUCAACGACUACAAGCUGGGAAUUCAGAAUAAUCUGCUGCCUCAGCUCUCGUCGCUGAAGCACGAAGGGGACUCGAAGAUCUCGCUGGCUAGUGAACAAAUCACAGAAGCUCAGUCCAAUGUCAAGAAAGCUGACGCCAAGUUGAUAUCUCUGACUCAUGCGUCCCAAAGGGGACAGCAGGAGUUCUCCAAGUGGAAUAAAACACUUUCAGAGAAGCUGAAGAACUUGAAGGACAAGAUUGCCGAGGCCAGGAACACGGCCGAGGGGAUCAGGGUAUCGUUGAAGUCCUCGGAGAACAAGAAGUGCAUGAGAUCCUUCAGGUCGCCGUCUAUUCAGCCCUCGAGCACCAAUAACAUCGUCAUUACUCUGGCUCUGAUACAUCACAAGACAGAGGGGGCACUGUUCUAUCUGCCUAGCAGUGUCAAUGAUGACUUCUUGGCGAUUGAAUUAUUCGAUUCGAAGAUACGGUUUCUGUGGAACGUGGGGGGAGGCACUGGGGUGAUCGUUCAUCCUGAGGAGCUGUCCUACGGGGAUCCGCAGAAUGACGAGUCCUGGUACAGGAUAGAGGCGGAACGCCUGAGGAAUGUGGGGAGGCUCACUGUUAGGAGACAGGUCGGGCCUGGAGGGUCAGUGCCGAUUUCUAAUUCUACGAAUCCUCAGUUCUCCAGGUUCGACGUUGCGACAACCGACAGAAUUUGGCUGGGAGGUGCCCCAGCCUCCCAAAGACGUCCCUCCGAGCUCCUGGCCCCCAACGGACUCCCGGGCUGUGUCCACCAAGUCCUCUUCGAUAACAAACAAAUCGGCCUCUGGAAUUUCGUGACUUCGGCCCCUGACAAGGCCUGCAAGGCCUGCGUCGAGGGCAUCGAGGAGACCCGAAACGAGCUCUCCUACAGUUUCAACGGUGACGGCUACUCCGUGCGGAAUCGAGUGCCCUCAGGCCCCUACAACAAGUACACUUUCGGUGUCUCCCUGACCUUCCGUACCUUCGACGAGUCAGCUUUACUGUUCCUAGCCAUCAACGAGGAGACCCACCAACACGUCAUGAUCUACCUUCGAGAGGGACGAGUCGUCCUCCAGAUAGAUUACGGUGGCAACAUCUCCAUGGAGAUGUCCUCUACCUUCAAGUACAAUAACGGCAACUGGACGAAGGUGGACGCCUUCAGGCAGUAUCAGCUUCGAAAGAACAUUGAAAAGUGUUCACUGAGUGUUGGAGAGAAUGACAAGAAGCUCGGGGCGCCUACACCACAGCCCAAGAAGGAGGACAUUCCUGAUCUCUCUGGCUCUAAAUACUAUUUUGGCGGUGUACCACCGAGUUUCAGGGCUGAGAAACUAGUGCUGCCACAUCAGGUCUCAUUCCUCGGCUGCAUGAGCAACAUCAAUGUUCAGGAGGGCUAUGACCCCAUGGCGGAGGUCUUCUACGGGGUUGAGCCGUCCUGUUCGAGCAGACCUAUGACCAUUGUUGGAUUCUACGGGGAUGGCUACCUGGAGCACAGGUCAUUCCCCCUGAAGAAGAAGUCCGCCAAUGUGACUGUCUCCUUCAGAACCAUGCAGCACGAAGCUGCCCUGGUCUUGUCCACCUUCCAGGGUCAAGAGGAUGGUCUCAACACUGUGGGAAGUGAUGACAAGGACAAUUAUUACUCGAUAGCGUUGGUCAAUGGACAGGUCCAGGUGAGGAUCAAUGCGGGCGUUGGGGAAUUGACUCUCCAGUCUAAUAGCACAUUCAAUGAUGGAAAGUAUCACACUGUGACCAUCAUGAAGAGGAGAAAGAAUGUGGAGUUGAGGAUAGAUGACGCCUAUCAAGACGGAGGGGUUUUACCGUCGGCAGCUGUCGUGAGGGCGCCAGAGUUCGGUGGACUGUUCUUCGGAGGACUUACGGCACUCAUCAAUGACACCAGGAUGAUCGGCUCUGUGGUGCCACUCUAUGGCGCUAUCAAGGAGGCCAUAUUCAAUGAGGAGAUCAUUCGAUUCCAGGAGGCUGUUAGCUUCGAUCACGCGCUUAUUGGGAGGUCUGGACCCGUCAUGGGGAGGGAGCCACCCAACUACAUGCCUUCGGCGUCUUUGUCGAGGGGGGGAAUGUCGACGCAGCCUGAAGGAUGCCAAAAGGUCCCAUACUACUCUCUGGAACCCGGAGCCCUGAAAUUCGGUGACAAACAGCACAGUCAUACCCAGCUAUACCUCAAUUUCAAAAAAUUCUGGGAGAAAAAGUACACAAUCGAGUUUGACUUCAGAACCUACUAUCCCAACGGCCUAUUAUUCAUCACCCCAGGGAUCAAGCGAAAGCAGUAUCUCAUGGUGAUCAUCAAGGACUCCAUGCUGAGUCUAAUCGUGAAGAGCAAGCAGAAGAAGGAGAUGGUGUUCAAGACACCGUUUAACGAUGGUAAUUGGCACCACGUGGUGAUUGGCCACGAGGAGAGGAGAUUGACCCUGGUGGUUGAUGCACAGAGUCCCAGGGCUGUCAAGGUCCCCAAGAAGAUUGGGUUGGAGUCCAUGAUGUAUAUUGGGGGAUUGCCUGAAAGUGGAACACCCUUUCCUGAUCAGGUGGUGGCUAAGUUGGAGACGCUGAAAGGGUGCAUUAGAGGACUGAAGGUCAAUGGGAAUGUUUACGAUAUGGUGGGCUCUACCUCGAGGCCCUUCAACGUGGGCCAGUGCUUUCCCAGUGUCGAGAGUGGGGCAUACUUCCAGGAUGAUUCUUUUGCUGUCUACAAGAGGGACUUUGAACUGGGGGCUGUGCUGGAGUUGCAGCUGGAAUUCAGGACUUCUGAGUUGUUUGGGGUGCUAUUGAGCAUCUCAGCACCUGGUGGGAGUCCAUCACUCUCCCUGGAGAUCAACGCCGGUAAGAUCGUGAUGGCUGGGGACCCUGGGGACAGAAAUCCCACGGUCGUGGAGCAGAGCUUUGGCAGCACAUACACCAUCUGCGAUAAUCGGUGGCACAAAAUUCAGGCGGUUUACAACGAGGAGGAGCUGACUCUCAAAGUCGAUGAACUUGACCAGAGGUUUGGACUGCCUGUUGGGGGGGAUGGAAGCUUCCUCGCUGAAGCUGCUAGCUUUCCCUUGUUCAUUGGGGGAUUACCAGCAACCGCGCCUAAAGGUACUCUACUCACUCGUGACCAUUUCCACGGGUGCAUACGAAACGUGAUGAUUGGUGGCGAAAGACGAGACUGGACGGACAUGGCAGAGCUCCACAACAUUCACCUGAGCUCCUGUCCAGUUCAAUAAACCGUUGAUUUAUGGAAAUUAAAGGGAAUUUAUUAAAGCACGUUAAGACUUGAUCGAAGCCAAAAGAAGCUAAACCGUAACAAAUCACUGUAAAGUAUGUAAUUAACGAAUUGAGACUUGAGCUGGUGAAGUGAGGUUCAUGUUCGUUUGAGGCCCUUACGGGCCCUCGGUAUUCUCGAAACUCCAGAAUGUUAAUGUAAGACAUUUUUACACUUUUGUCACUGCCAUAUUACGAUAAAUAAUAAUAAUAGUUUAAUUGUCCCACAA